AUAAAUAUAUAUAUAUAUAUAUAUAGAUUUGCUGCGUCUCUUGGCAGCUAGGUAUACGCACUUCUUCUGCGUGUUUUUUUUGGUGUCUGCGUGGAUUUAUUUCCGGAAGUCGAGAUGAGUCCGAAGAAGGCGGGGAAGCACGUUGGGCGAGCACCUUCAGCUGCGUCUCGGCGGCGCGGGCAGGGGAAGAGGAAGGGCCAGCGUCGCACGAAGGUGCAGUCGCGGCGGUCAAAUGUGACGGCUGCGUCGUUCGUCGAGCGCGCGCGGGCAGAGCUGCAGCGAUACAACUUGGCGCCGAAGAAGGCGAAGAAGAGCGCCGCGAAAGUCACGAAGAAGAGUCGAACCUCGCAGACGAGUCCGCCGACGGGAGGGCGGCCGACGCACCUUCUGCCGGUGAAGGCCUCGGGGACAGACGAAGUGGGGGAGAAGGAACUGUGGGCGAGUCUGCGAGCGUUCGACGAGGAGAACCGCCGCGCAGAGAAAGAGCGAGAAGAGCGCAGGCGUCAGAAGGCGAGGCGCCAGCAGGGCCUCCAGGGAGAAACCGAGACUGCGCAGGAGCAGACCGUGUCGGGUGCGCCGGCCGUCCUGCAAGAGUCGAGGAAAGGACAAAGUGCUCCAGCGCGGGAGGUGGAGAAGCGGGAAGAGCGAGACUGGUCGCAGUUGACAAGAAACGAACGAAGAAAGCUGCGCCUUAGGAGGGAACUGCUGGCGGCGCAGAGCAGCCGCGUGGUACCAGUCCCCGCGACUAAGUGUGGAAAGGGAAAGGAGGGGCGAGAGGAAGAGAAGGAAAGAGGGGAGGAGAAGAGGAACGAAGAGGAGAAGGAGAGAGGGGGGGAGAAGAGGAAAGAGAAGAGAGGCAAGAAGGAAGGAGAGACGACGCAGCAGAAUGGGGCCGAGGAGGAAGGCGAGUCGGGGAGAGACAGUGGCGUUGAGGCGAAGGCUGCCAAGAGGUAUCGCAGCGAAGUGUUGGAUGAUGAAGAGGCCGUUUUCGAGGUGAAGAAGAUAAAGGUGGACUCUGCCAAGGCGGUCGCAAAAGAACAGGAAAAGGUCUCCAAAAGCGAAGUGAAGACCCGCGUUGGCCAGUGCCCUGUCGUCCGACGAAAAGGAGAGGCGUACGGCGCAUUCGCUAAACGCGUCGAUGCAUGGGCUAGAGAGUCUCUCCGCACCAGCGCUCCUGCUAGUCCCGCGGAGAAGGCGAAAGAGCGUUCUACGACGAAGCCGAGAAAAGAGACGAAAUCCAACUCCUCGAAGAUCCGCGAGGAAGAGGAAAGUCGAGCGCAGCGGCCAGUCUUCGGCGAGGUAGUCGACGCGCCUCCGCAGCUGAAGCAGUUUAAGGAUUCGUUCGCGCGCUUCAAGGCGAAAGCACAGAACCGUGGUUCCCCUUCAUCCCCGUCGCCUUCAAAGAAGGAAAGCUCCUCGAAGAAACACACUUCAGAUGAAGACGCGUUGUCUGGCGAAUUGUCUCAGGUGUACGUACAGCAGGUGCGAGCGGCGUACGCGACGGUGAAAGCGAAGAGGCGCGAGAAGGCGGGCGAAGAAGCCAAGCUGAAAGCUAAGGGGAAGGGAGUGGAGUCCAGUGGGCAAGACGCUUCGUACACGCGACCUGGAUGGGUCGCGUCUUCUUCUUCUCUGUAUGAUUCUCAAUGGAUAGGUGUGGGUCGGUACAAGCCGUUGGAUGCCGAGUAGCCGGGAAGAAGCGAGACAGAGGGAUCGGAAAACAAAAGCGAGGCAAAGGGACCGGUUCGAGGAUGUGCAUUUCCUUGACACACGUAGAAACCCGGGAGUUUUCCGGGACAACAACAACAACGAACUUUGUCGUGUUUUCCCCAGCUCCUUACACACACAUGGUGGAAAAGGUCGAAUCGUCAUUUCCACUCAGGUUGUUUGACGUCAAAUGGCUGACCAGCACGCAGGAGCUGCUCUCGGCUGUUCCACCGGCUGUCCGCAGCCCUGUCCCGCAUUUCGCCAAUCCAUGCACAUCUAGGAAAAGUCACUCUUUCUCACGUUCGUGCCGGGCCUGUGUCCAACGCGACACCUUUAGGAAGGCAGCUUUAUGUUUUGCGAAAAGAAAGCGAGGUCGAUUCGGCGUGUGCCGCUGACGACUGUGAUCUCGAGAAACGUGACUGCGUGAAAAGGUGCGGGUACGGAUGCGAACAAGUUUACAGCUUCUGAUUCCUGGAGACCCCACUGGCGGCGAGAAGGGAAGUGUGUUUCAAAGAAGAGGGAUGUUUAGCCGGAAAGUUGGCGUCUAACGUAUAUAACUACUCUCGACUUAGAGGCGAAGGGGGACAUAACUAAUUCCUGCACGGUCUGUACCCGCUAAAAAAUACCUGGAGAGUGCACGCAGACGUCUGUCUUCUUGCAACAGGAAAGGCAGACCGGCUGUAUCUUCGAGGCACAUGUGAUUCCUAGAUGUGCACGAUCACCGUCAGCAGACUAUAAGGACUUAAAGAUUUGGGUUAGAACGGUACGGCGAGACCUAACACAUUCAGGCCUGCAGAUGUGUGAAACAAUGAAACAACGCGUUGAUGUCCGAUGUGCAGCGCAGCAACAUUUUGGCGGAAAUAGCUCUGUAGCGUAGACGUCGCUUCAGAAAACAAAUGGUACUUGUGAAAGUGAGGACAGUUACCAUUGAGGACGGGUGGCAGGUGUUCGUGUGGCCGUUUCAGAAGCCGGCAGAAGCGUGCGUAUUUUUCUCGCUUUCGUGCCGUUAGGGCGAGGAAGCAACCACCAGGUACGAGACGUUUGCAUUUUUUAUUCCUGUCGUCCGUGGAAAUUUGGACGUCGAAAACAAAAAUGGUGGCAGAGUCAUCGGUUCUCAGUCAGCGAAGUGUCUCUAUCGAGGUAGAGCAGUCACGGAAUUCCGUUUGACCUGCUGUGUCCACGAAAAAGCACUUCUUUGUUACACCUCGUGGCGAACGAGUUAACGCCUAUUCCCUGCUACGGUUACGGAGGGAGGGUUGUGGUUUUCAACGGACUGCCGAUGCGACCUGUGAGAUUGCGGCGCGGUUCUUAGAGUUUUCGCGUUUCAGGCGUGUGUACUGUUUCUGACCGUGCACCUUUUUAACUGGGCACCGCAUUAAAAAGAGCCACACAUCGCAAACGAUAAAAAACGUCAAGCUGGGCGUAUGUGCUCUGGAAUAUCUCUUUUGUGCUGAGCUGUAAGUGCUCCAUUGG